AUGAUGGGCGACGCGAUCGAGUACGAAAGUGGUACUUAUGAAGUCGAUGAUAGCACAGGUGCUUUGGAGACAAACUCUCAAAAUGGAAUUAAAUGUGACUGGAGCGGAACGAUCAAUUUCAACUCCUCUCAAAUCGAUUUCACGUGGAAAUUCGAUUGGAGUGAACUCCAAAGUGAAGCAGUCUAUGAGAUCACUGGACACAUUACUGUCACUUCAACUAACAAUUACUUCAGUGCAACGAAGAUCGAUGUGAGACUGACAGAAAAUAAUCAGGUAUACACGAAGCAAGUUCCAAUUGAAAGUGAAUAUGAAUACGAUGAGGUCAACUAUCACUAUUCUCUCAUUCCCCAUUACGCUCCGAUUCCUGAGAAGCCAGAUUACGACAAGAUGUUUUCGCCGUCCGAUCAGAAUGACACGAUUCUUGUUGUCGGAGGAAAGAAGCUUCAUGUCAAUAAGUCUUUUCUCUCCUACCAUUCCGAAUACUUCCGCAAACUCUUCUCAUCGAACGACAAACAGGGCGAUGCCAAGCCGCCAAAGCGUCAGCGUAAGCAAAUUCCUGACGACAAAGAAGGACAAAUCGAAGAGAUUCCGAUCAAAGAUGUCUCAUUCAAAGAUUUCGCUCUUCUCCUCAGCACUUUUUACCCAAAUCCAGUGUUCCCAACUGACAAAACUGUCGAGAAACUUCUAGAAAUGGCCAGUCGUUUCAUGGUAUCUUCAGUUAUCAACAUCAUCGAGUAUCAUCUGUUGAACAAUUCAAGAAUCACCGAUGAGAAAAUGUUGUGGAUGGCUGAUGAGUAUGGAAUGCCAAAACUCCUCGAAAAGUGUAUUCGUGGACUGAAUACAGCGGAGAAAGCGAAGAAAUUGGAUCAAUCUCCGGAAUAUAAGAAGUUGUCGGACAGCGCAAAAGCCAAAGCUCUCGACCGUCUCAUCAAAUUGUUCUAA